GCCUGCCGCCAAUUGGGGGACCAGAGCGCGAUCGGUGCUGUGUUGUUCUCGUGAAUGUCGAGCCGUACACGUGUGGAACGAUUCACAGAGUGACGUCGACGACGGGUGCAGUCGCGUGAACGAUGAGUUCCUAUCAGUUCGUUAAUUCGCUCGCGUCAUGCUACGCGGGCCAACAGGCACAGCAACAGCCCCGAGCCACAGCAAACUCGCCCGGAGAACCGAUGCAAGCGGCGUCCCCAGCAGGUGGAGACUAUUAUAAUCCGAACGCCGCGGCAACCAGUUAUCCGGCACCCUGUUACUCGCCUCAGCAACAUUAUCCUCAGCACCCGUACGCGACACCGGCCUCGGGGAUGCAGCACACAGCGCCCACAGGGAUGAUAGACUACACGCAAUUGCAGCCCCAGCCGAGACUCAGCGCGACGACCACCUCGCAACAGCAUAGUCUGCACGCGCCGCAAUCGCAGCACCAUCCGCAGCAGCAUCAUCCUCAGCAGCAGCUUCACCAGGAUCCGACGACGCCGCUGCUCCAAGCAGCGUCCGCGCCCUCGGCAGCCUCCACGUCGAGCUGCAAGUACGCCGACUCAACGUCCUCCACCAGCGUCGCGUCGCCACAAGAUCUGUCCACGUCCACCUCCAGGAACAGUCCGACGCCCUUGGUGGCAGCCGGUUCCAGCAAAACCGCGUCGGGACUCACCUCGCCGCCAGGAAGCUCCUCGAGGUCGUCCGUGGCCGCGUCGGCAUCUUCUCCGGCCAGCGGAACUUCGAGACCCGUGGGCGAAGGAAGCUCCACGUUGACCACCGCGUCGUCCGCGUCCUCGCCCGCAUCCUCCACCUCCAGCACCUCCAGCACCGGGAAUAACUCGUCCAACAAGUCCAAUGCCACCGGCAGCAAUCCACCGCAGAUUUACCCGUGGAUGAAGAGGGUGCACAUCGGACAGAGCACGGUGAACGCGAACGGCGAAACGAAACGACAAAGGACGUCGUACACCAGGUACCAAACACUGGAGUUGGAGAAGGAGUUUCACUUCAAUCGCUACCUGACGAGGCGGCGUCGCAUCGAGAUCGCCCAUGCCCUCUGUCUGACGGAACGUCAGAUAAAGAUCUGGUUCCAGAAUCGGCGGAUGAAGUGGAAAAAGGAGCACAAGAUGGCGAGCAUGAACAUUGUACCGUACCACAUGUCGCCGUAUGGCCACCCUUACCAGUUCGCGCCCCACCCAGGCCAGUUCGCUCACUUGGCCACAUAGGACGAGUUCUCGCC